CCUUGUGGAGUCUUUCCUGUGAGCCUAGAUCUUCAGAGACAGGAGAAUGGAGGCCACUGCCCCAGUGUGACCUGUAUCUACAGCACAACAUAAUAUAGACCACCAUCCUACUCUCUGACACCUCCCAGUAUGGAUGGUUUGGUUGAGCAGAACAAUGUGCUCAUGCACAAUAAGAUUGCUGAGGCCGGGAAAAGGAAUGGUUUAAUUAAUACAAGGAACUUAGUAGCAGAGAGCCGAGAUGGUCUGGUGUCGGUGUACCCAACCCCACAGUAUCAGAGCCACCGAGCAGGGAGUUCCCCGAGCUGCCUGGAGAAUGGCAGGAAUGACCCCGUGCAGCAGCUCCUGGAUCCCAACAUGCUGCAGCAGACCGUGGAGUCCCAUUACCGUCCCAACAUCAUCCUCUACUCGGAGAAUGUGCUGCGCUCGUGGGGUGAGAGCAUCAAUUCAGAGUGCUGCGAAACCACGUUCAUCGAGGACCGCUCCCCUACCAAGGACAGCCUGGAGUAUCCAGACAGCAAAUUCAUCGAUCUCUCAGCAGAUGACAUCAAGAUUCACACCCUGUCCUAUGAUGUGGAGGAGGAGGAGGAUUUCCAGGAGCUAGAGGAAUGGAAAAACAUUGUUUGAGGACAGCAGUCACUGAGCGGGGGAAUGAAGCAUACUGGAUCAUUAACUACAUAAAAAAUUGCCUAUCUGUUCAAAUAAGAAAUAUAGCAUCUGAAUCACACAGCAUGCAUCUGGUCCAGCAGAAUGCUUUUUUCCCCACCCGUUACUGACAAGAAGGAAAUGCUUGUUUAAAUUACUAAUGCACUCAAAAUGGAGUGAAAAGGUUCAGUACAGGGACUGGGAGCAGAAUUUAGGAGAACAGCAAGAGAGGAUAAUACAGAAGAGGUGUAGGGUUUUGCUUCCACACCAAGACACUCAAAGGAUUUUUUUCCCUCAUCCAGGGUACACAGCAUAUUGCUGAGUACCUUGCCACGCUGACUGUCUUGCCACAGUUCAUAGGAACUGCAUAGCAUAAGAGCAAAUUGAAGCUCAGUUUUCAUAAGGCUUCUUUGUCUUUGGUAUUCCCUUCAGAGGGGGAAACAACAAAAAGAUCACCCUUUUUCAAGACUUAGCAAAGAGGAAAGCUUCAUGCAGAAAAGCUGUUGUGUUUUGGUCUCCUUGAAAGCUGGGGGCUACCACCUUGCCCUGCAUACCCAGGCAAGGUGAGUGGAUUCCCAAGUCGGGCAUCUCUGUGAAAGUCUUUCAGGGGGACAGAACAAGCUUGGAGCUGAGUUGUUCCCUUUUUGGCACUGAUUUGUUCAUGCAAAGCACCUGCCUAGCGGGUGUUGCAGCUGGGUAUUUAGUUGUUUGGAAAUAUGGAAAAAUCCAACUCAGCCCUUUGUAAUGAGCUCCACUGUGUAAUACUUAAUUGGAGUCCAUGGACACAUGCAAGGAGCAGCUUUUAUGGACUCUGCAGCUCAAUGUGUUUCUGCCAGUGUUUGCUUUUUGAAGAGCGUUAGGUUUCUGACAACCAGGAAUAUUGUUGUUUUUCUGCAAGAAACUUUGCCACAGACACAUUCUCUGGAGAAAGCCAGCUGUUUUGACUGACAGCAGUGUGGCUCUGGUUUGAAGUGACAUCCCAGCCAGGCUGCAGGGCUUGCUGCUUUGCUGCCUGCCAUCCUCUUCAGAAUAGGUUUGUUCAGAUCAUCAAUGUUUUCAACAACCUGCCUGCAAGAAGGCAUCUUAUUCCUCUCCCCAAGUCUGGGGACUCUGAAAAAUCCCAGGAGAUGUGGCAGAGGAGCAGGAUGCAUGCAACAGAGUGAUCCUGCCAUUUGCUGGCUGCAGCACUGUGGGCACCUUAACUUUUGUGUUUCCUUACCAUCCGUGUUCCUCAGGUCCUGGUGUAAUGCUAUUCAAACUGCAUAUGGAAAUCAUAAUCUGCAAAGAAAACCAUCUCUGAAACAGCUCUUAUUAGCACGUAUAGCCCCAUUUUGCUCCAGCAUUCACCAGGCAUGAAAGCAGAAUACUGUGCAUUCUGUCAAAGAUUUAAACUUCUUUCUCUGCCGAUCCUUGAAAUCAAACGAUUCUGUUCUUAAGUAUCUCUGGAACUCUUAUAAAUAUCUUAUGAGUCCUUUACAUCACAAUUAAUAGACAGACAACUUGUCAAAUGUAGUGGCAG